GGCAGUAAUGUCUUGUAGAUUUUUCUUUUUCCUUGCUAUCCAAACGUUGAUAACAGACUAUUUUAAAUGGGAGGGAAAUGUGUCCCAGAGUUAUCUGCCGUUCAGAAUUAUCUGUGUGCAGUUAAGAAUUAUUUAUAUAACAUUCUCAAAUAAGAACAGCAAUUCAUCUAUUCCAUUCUUAUUAGCUUACAGCAAUUAUCCUACUCUGUUCUUAGUUCAAAGUCUUAUAAAAAUAGCAUCUGGUUUGAAUGUAGACUUGUUACCACCUAGGAAAAAGGUUACUAUUCUUUUAAUUGGCAAUCACUCUGCUGGGAAAAGCUCUUUUAUCAAUUGGUACAUUGAAGAACACAUUUUGAAAACUGGUGUUGCUAUUGAAACACAAGGAUUUUCUUUUGUUACAAGUGGAAAAAAGAGAGAAACUUUAACUGGUAAUGCAACUCUUCACUUGUACCCCCAUUUCAAGCCUCUUACUGAAAUCAAAGGUUUGGUGGAUUACAUCACGACUGAAAUCUCAACUUCCAAACAAAAGAAGUUCAGCCUGGUGACAUUUAUCGAUACUCCAGGAUUAGUUGAUGGAGAAAUGAACUAUCCUUUUGAUGUGGAUAAAGCCAUUCAGUUCUUAGGUAACAUUUCUGACUUGAUUUUUGUCUUCUUUGAUCCCAUUGGUCAGGCCUUGCGCAAGAGAACUCUCAAUGUUGUUGAAGCGUUAAGUGCGAAACAUGGUGAUAAGAUCAGGAUGUAUCUAAGCAAGGCAGAUGAAGCUGGAAAUGAAACUGAUCGGCAGAAAGUGCUCAUGCAGAUUGUUCAGGAAUUGUGCAAGCGGCCUAAUUUAAAUAGGCAGGGCCUUGAUCUUCAAACUAUUUAUCUUCCUAAUCCUAACAAGCCCGUUCGAUGUGUAAAUCAGAUUGAGGAUGUAUGCAAGGAAAUUGAGAAGACAAUCAACCGAACCGUCCAGAACACUCUCAACACUCUAGAACUGGACUGCCAGAGGAUAGAGGAUGCCAUCAUUAAGGAGAUUAAUACCAAUCAAAACAGACAAUCACAGAAUCUCAAGUCAAGUGGAAAAGGAAUCUUAUUUCUGCUGACUGCCAUUUCUCUCUUCACCUUCUUUGUCUUGGGAGUCUUGUUCUCUAAUACAACCAGAGAAGCCCUCAGUAGAAUUGUAGGAGAAACAAUAGCUGAUGUUUUGUUGCUUUAUCUUAGAGGCUUUUCUUAUGUAUGGGAUUCUGUAUCAGAUGAUGACCACAUUACUAUAACUGUGUUUGUUAUCGUUCUUGUAAUCUGUCUGCUGAUUUUGGCACAGUGGUAUAUCAGGUUAACACCAACUAUCUCAAGGAAACAGAAACAAGCUCUUUUAGAAAGAAGAGAUUACCUCAAAACCGUUAUAAUAAAUAGAAAGAGGCAGCUUUAUGAUGAUUAUCUGAAGCAGAGUGUUGCAGAUCAUGAACUGUGAUAAGAAUUAAAUUGAUUUUUUUUGUAUAAGACUUUUGCUUUUAAUUAUAUGAUUAAUUUAUAGAGUAGAUCAUUCCAUUUUUUUAAUUAUAUUUUUUAUUCUUAUAAACUUUUCUAUACUUUUUGUAUGAAAUGAGUACAAACAGAAUUAUGAAAAAAAUACCUUUCAAAAUCUUCAUUAUCACAGAUGUUAAAAUACAAAACAAAUUAAAUAUUGAUAUGAAAUAUAGCAUGUAAAUAAACAGCAAGUCUUAUUUGUAAAAAUCGUAGUUGAUGCAUUUAUCUUUAAUAAAUAUUGAUAUGAAAUUGAAA